CCAGCACUCCUUUGAAACGUAUGACCUGUCUCUGGCCUUGGCGUGCAGUGUGUGCGGCUGCUAGUCGUCUGUCGGUCUUCAUUAAUUGUAACUAGCUUUCUGCCCGACCUGUCGGUAGUGCAAGUGGGAGCUGUCGCAGCUGAGCCGAGCCACCAUGCUGACAUGUAGGGCUGUGUGGAAGAAGCUUGCACCUCUGGCCAGAGCCUCGUCUACUGUAUGCCGACAGAACGUGAGGAGAGCAGGGUGGAACAAUGCCAGAACGCCUCUGUGUGUGCCUGUGGCGCACAUGUCCACAGGGCCGGUGGGUGGAGGCGGUGACAACCUGAAAUACGCCCUCCUAGUUGGAGCAGCCUUUGUCGGUGGCUUAACAUACGCUGUAAUUACUGUAAAAGGAGACCAGGAACGACAUCGGGAGCGGAUGGCAGAAAUCUCCUCCAGAAAACAGAAAUCAGCCUCACAGAUCCAUACAGAACCUCUAGCCCCCCUUGAGACAAAACUUGAAGCCGCCGCUGCGCCUGAUGCUGAAGCAGCGGCCCCCAGUGAAACUGCAGAACCACCUCCAGUAGAUGAGCCACUGGCAGAAGCCUCAGCAGAAGAGGCAGCAGCUCCACUCACUGAUGCUGGAGUUGAGGAGGCUGCAGAUUCCAAGCCUUCAUUGCCCUCACACGCCCCCUACCUCCUGAUUGGUGGAGGUACGGCGUCUUUCGCAGCUGCCCGAUCUAUUCGAGCCAGAGACCCCGGUGCCAAGGUACUGAUUGUAACUGAUGAGCCAGACCUUCCGUACAUGAGGCCGCCUCUUUCUAAGGAGCUGUGGUUCUCUGACGACCCCAGUGUAACAGAAACUCUGCGUUUCAAACAGUGGAACGGGAAGGAAAGGAGUAUCUACUUCCAGCCGCCUUCGUUUUACAUUGAUACAGAAGAGCUGCGCGGUGCUGAAAAUGGAGGAGUGGCUGUCCUCACUGGCAGGAAGGUGGUUCAUAUGGAUGUCAGAGGAAACAAAGUCAAACUUGAUGAUGACAUGGAGAUUUCAUAUGACAAGUGCCUAAUUGCUACAGGUGGGGUCCCAAGGAAUCUUCAGGUAAUCGAAAGAGCUGGAGAAGAAGUGAUGAAGAGGACAACAGUUUUCCGCAAGAUUGACGACUUUAAAUCCCUGGACAAAGUUUCAAGAAACACGCAGUCCAUCACCAUCAUAGGAGGCGGAUUCUUGGGCAGCGAGCUGGCCUGCGCGCUUGGCAGGAGAUCAACAGAGUCUGGAUUAGAGGUGAUUCAGAUGUUCCCAGAGAAGGGCAACAUGGGCAAGGUUCUGCCUGAGUAUCUGAGCAACUGGACAACAGAAAAAGUCAAGAAAGAGGGUGUAAAGGUCAUCAGGGAAGCGGUGGUCAAAUCCGUGUCCUACAAAGAUGAUAAACUAGAAAUCAAACUCAAGGAUGGAAGAGUGGUAAGAACGGAUCACAUUGUCGCAGCCGUCGGCUUGGAGCCCAACGUUGACCUCGCCAAGUCUGCCGGUCUAGAGGUGGACUCGGACUUUGGUGGCUAUCGGGUCAACGCAGAGCUGCAGGCCAGGUCCAAUAUCUGGGUGGCUGGAGAUGCGGCCUGUUUCUAUGACAUCAGGUUGGGCCGCAGGCGGGUGGAGCACCACGACCACGCCGUCGUCAGCGGGAGGCUUGCAGGAGAGAACAUGACGGGAGCCAACAAACCUUAUUGGCAUCAGUCUAUGUUUUGGAGCGACCUGGGACCCGAUGUCGGCUAUGAGGCUAUUGGGAUUGUUGACAGCAGCCUGCCGACUGUAGGAGUGUUUGCCAAAGCCACUGCCAAGGACACACCCAAAGCUGCUACUGAGGAGUCAGGUACCGGGAUCCGCUCAGAAAGCGAAACGGAGGAAACGGCUACCAGCGCGGUGGCCCCGGCGGCGCCGGCUCCUGUCGUCGAGCACAGGGACGAAUACGGGAAAGGAGUCAUCUUCUACCUGAGAGAGAAGGUGGUGGUGGGGAUCAUCCUGUGGAACGUGUUUAACAGAAUGCCCAUCGCAAGAAAGAUCAUAAAGGACGGAGAGGAGCAUGCGGAUCUGAACGAGGUGGCCAAGCUGUUCAACAUCCAUGAGGACUGAGCCGCCGGACAGUCGCACUCAGGAGAGAGAGUUUUUCUACAUACGAAUAUCGAACUGUGGCAGUGAUCGCCUCCUUCAUUAAGACACAACCACUCAUGGCUACCAAAUUAUCACUGCAAAAAACACAAAAUCUUACGUUUUUUUAUGUAUAGUUUCUAUUGCAUAUAUCUUGGUACACAUAACAUGAGACUAAACUAACUUACAAGCAGCAUACAGGAGCUUUUUUUUUUUAAAAUAAAAAUGUCUUAUUAUUGAUGAUAAAAGUAUUAGUUCCAUUAUUAUUUCACUUGUUACACUGGGAAAGUCUUGUUACAAGUAAAAUAAUCUGCUGGUGGAACUAGCACUUUUUCAUCAAUAUUAGUGAUUUUUUUAAAAAUUUAAAACAAGCUCUUAUAUCUUGCAGAAAACUUACUUGUAAGUUAAUUUAGUCUUAUUUGAAGUGUAAGAUAUUUACACUAGAAAAUAGAUCAGAAAAACUUGGUAGGAUUUUGUAUUUUGCAGUGCGAGGAUCAAUGUAUAUUAAACUGUGGAUAUUUUCAUAUUUGGGAUUUGUAUCUGCUGUCUUAAUUAUGUUUGUUUUGAUUCUUUUGAUUUAUUGCCACAUGACAACUCUUUGUCUUGUUUUCCUUCCACCAUUAUUUGUGAUCGGCCCCUCCCCUCCGCUUCCCCCCGUCAUUCACAAAGCUGAACUGUCCUCCUUCUGUGUGAUCGGUGCAGCUUGUUGUUAGAAAAGCUGCAAUAAAAGCUAUUUUUAAAUUGGACUCAACCCAUUAUUUUCAGCUCUGCCUCCAGAUAAUGGCAGUGAUGAGCAGCUGCAGUGACCUCCAUCCGAAGCUGCGAUUGUUUAGACGGUUGUUGCAGUCAGUGAGGUUGAACUCAUCUGUCCCGAGGAGUUAGAAUCAUUCCCCGUUGCUUGGCAGAUUGCUGCUCGAAGUGAUGGAGAGGGCGAAUGAGGAAUGUCUCGGCUCGGUUAAAAACACUUUUUUUUUUUUUUUUUUUUUGGGGUGAAUUAAGAGAGUGGGUAAUGUUAGAAACGUGAC